ACGUGAGUAAUAUAUUUAUAGAUUAACUACUAUUUUAAACUCUGUUUGUUAUUAUUUUUUGUUAUCUUUAGGGAUACUUCUUUGAUAGAAAAUCAUUUAGUGGUAAGUUAGAAUUCUUUGUUCGAAGCCGGCGAUCUGAUUGUAAUGAUAUAACUACACUAUGGAAACAUUCACCAUCAGAUAGUAGUCUUGCUACUAGUAGAUUAGGUGUAACAACUAGCGAUGAUGUUGAAAGUGCUGUUCGAUUGCUACGCGAACAACGACCUAAUGCCCAAAACAAAGAAGAGCUAAUUAAAUUAAUGGAUGUUACAAGAAAUCAUCGGCGAUCAUGGAUCAACAAAUCGUUCCCAUCGAUCACAGAAAUUGUAAACCAGUACCCACGACUACUUGACAUGCCAGAAUCAAUUCUUAAAGAAUUCCAAAGUAACAGUUUUAUAGAAACACGAUUACACAUUGAGUGGCAGAAAUAUAAAAUUAAAAUUCUGGAAUAUGCCAAAUCGAAACCCUCAUUAAAUACUCUAAUGGUUUUCUUAACAAAUGAGUUAGAUGAAGACAAGAAAAGUGAACUUGCGGUUGAAUGUCUUGUUUGGCUUCUCCCUACCCCACCACAAAAAUCAAUUAAAAGGGCUCGUUUGCUACCGAAUGUGGUUAUGACAAAUCUUUUCUUUGACUUUAAGGAUGACACAAUUGAUUGUGAACCAAAGACACUAGAAGAUCGCGGAGUUAAACAACCGAUGUUGAUGCGGGUAUCUAAUGGAUAUUAUAUAAAGGUGGACAAUACAGUUAUAACACUGCCUUGUUGCAGCUGUUUUAUGGAGGCAUUAGAGUUUUUAUUCAUGACGUUUUAUGUUUUCGCCGUCGAAUAUCCGACCGAAUUAAGAUUUUUUUAUGGCUUUUUGGAGAAAGUCAUGGGACUUAAAUUAAGUGUGAAAAGUGCAACCGUUGCUGACUUAUUUACAAACAUAACUAUUCUUCCAAAUAUUUAAAUCCCUUUCAAUCCCAGAUGUGUUUAAUUUUAUUUGUUUUGUUUUUUAAAUUGUGAGAUGUCUUUUAUUUGUUUAAUAAUAUUAUUUAUUA